CUCCUUCAUUGGAAAUACUAGCUGUUGCCGCUCUUGUUCAUGCCAGCCGUGUCAUCCGUCACCUUCAUCUUCAUCUUUCUCUUCAAUCGUCUGUCUUCAUGAAGCCCUGUCACGAAAGCCCGUCGCAUUCGAGCAUUGUUUCUCGUCCUUCGUUACGCAUAAGGUUCUCCGAUCGUCUCCGUUAAUCCCUUCGUCGUGCAUUAGAUCGCCUCCAUCCGUCUCUAUUCGGCCAUCACAUCCCUUAUUCGUCCGAGCUGCAACCUAUCACGCAGCCAAGUUCGAGCCAUUUUCGCAAGUCAUUUCCUUUCUUGAGUCGCCUAGCUGAUUUCCUGUACACCCGAGUCGCGCGCGUUAGUCACUAAGCCACCCGAGCUGAUCUCAUUCAGCUGUGAGUCGAGCUGUAUUUGUCCUCCUCUCCUUCAAGCCAAGCCGUCAAUGACUUUUUUUUUUUAACCUUUUCCUAAGUCUUUGAAGCCAUCUAGUAAUUUUGGUAAGUUUUUUUAGUGGGUUUUAGUAUAUGCCUAUUGAAUAGUUAAACUUUUUAUUUAAGUAAAUUAAUAUUGGGAUCAAGUUGAAUUUUCUUAAGGAUGGAUUAUUGCUCUUUGAAGUUAUUUGGUUAACUUGAGGAAUGAUUUAUCUGUGGAAUUGUUCCAAUUCAAGAUUGUUUCGGUUUCAACCUUAGCCUUGGGGUAAGUUAGAAACCUAAUUAAAUACUUGGAUGUUGGAUGAGAAAUUUAUUAAUUUAGUUUCGUUUAUGUUUAUGACUUGUAUAUUUGGAAAGCUUUGACUCUUGCUAUUAGGGAUAAAUUUUGUUAAGCUAAUCUUAAGGUAAGAGAUUCUCCUACUAGACCUUCAAAUUGAAGUCAAGAGCUUGCAUGUAAUUUUUCUAUUAUCCACUGAUGUAGCAAAGAUGCAUACUGUAUUGAUGUUGAUGACUGAUAUUUAUAACUGAGAUUAUGUUGAUGUUAAUGACUGAUCAUUGAUGAUGAUGCAUUAUAUUUUAAUCACAUGAUUAAGGAUGUUAUGAUUGAUAUUCAUGUCAUGUUUAUGAUGUUUAUGAUAUGUUACAUGCUAUUGAUGAGUGUUCUGUUAACUUUGUCUAUUAGGGUCAUACCCAUAUGGGAGUCCCUUGGGAUCACCAUCUUUUUAUGACUGUGUGGUCAAAUGGGACCACCAAUCUGUCAUGUAUGAACAAACCAGUUAACCUGAAAUUUUUUUUUACUAAAGAGCAAGUGAUAGAACAGAAGUUGAUACCAACACUUUGCAACCUCAACAGUUAGAAGGAGGAUUUGAAAAGUAACCCUAGUUUGUAAUGAAAGACAAUUAUAAGUAGCUGUAAGUGAGAAACUCACUUCCAAUGUGCUUUACUAAAUUAAACGCUCUACCUACUAAUUAUGACACUAGAAUGUAUUCAACUUGACAUAAAAUGGAAGCUAGUACUCUUACGUAGGUCAACUUCCAUGACCUGGACAAAUCAGACAAUUUUACAAGUGAAGAGCCACAAACAUAUUUAAGAAUUUAAAAAGAAUAUUACUCUUUAAAUUUGACAUGUAUGAUUAUUUAUGUUGGGGAGAAGGGGUUUUGUAUUUUCCAUUUUUAGUAAUUAGAAUUCCAAAAGGAGGAAGAUUAAAUAGAAAAUAUGAAUGGUAGAAUUUUUAGGCGUGACCUAUAGACACGGACACAACACAGCCGAUUGAUUGAGAGGCUUGUUCAUUUUCCGUGAAAUUUGAAAAGGAAAAACCAUCAGGGUCCCACAGCCUCACCAAUCAGAGCCCUUCAAAAAUUGGUCUCACCUGUCAGAUUAAAGAUAGAACGGUGAUUGGAGGACUUAGAUCAAUUCGGGUGGAUGGUCAAACAGUGGUAGAGAGUGCAUAGGAUAGUCUCCUUUUUUGAAGUGAGUUUUCUUUUUUCUUUUUCUUUUUCUUUUUUUCUUUUUUUAUUUUUAUUUUGUUCAAGACUGUGGUAUCACGUGCCACACCUGUCAUUACCAAAGUGAAAAAGAAGACCGAAUCUUGAUCCGACGACCAUGCUUCAUCCAACGGCCACUGUUCUUUUCUAAUUCAACUCCGUUAGAUUUCCAUCACACGGCUGUAAUUGAAUCUCACUCCCUCCCUUUUAUUCAUCUAAACCCGCCCCCUUUCCCUUUUUGAAGCAAAGGGGAAGUGAAAGUCUAUUAAAAACCGUCUCUUAGUUUUGUUGAGGACCUCCUUUCCUAAUUUUGCGCCAUUCUUCAUUCCCUUUGAUUAUCGUGCGCCCAUUGCCGGAGAUGUUGUUGACGCCGGCUUCUCAAACUGCCUUUCUUACUAGAAGAAUCUCCAGAUACAGAGCUUACUGAACGCAGCAAAAGGGGAAAGAUCUGUUUCAUACUGGGAAGUGAAAUUGUAUUCGGGUUUUUUUUUUCUUCCGAUGGACGGCCAGAAAAAUCAGGCGAAACUUACGAGAACACAAUCUUCGCUUCUUCGUUCAUCCCCGACUGUCCGUUCCAUUCAAAGUUUGUCUUCGGUUACUGAGGAGGAUGUAAUUGAAACCGAAAAUGAAGACCGGAAUCGGAAGAACAAGAAGCUUCGUCGGAGCCGGUCGUCGGCCAGGAAUUGGUCGAUGUGUUUUGCUAAUCCUGUUUUAUGUUUGCUUCUUUGUUUCACUCUCUUCUCCAUUUCUUGCUUCUUUUUCUUCUUUUAUGCACGGAAGGAAGAGAUUGCGACCUCGGAGAAUCUUCUACUGGCAUUGGUUUUCGUUGCCAUUGCGCUCUUCUUCGCCAACAAAAACAAGGGUUUAAUCCAGCAGACGGUUUCGAUUAUGAAACAUUCAUGGGAUGAAAAUGCGAGACGGUUUGGGUUUUCGAGUACCAAUGCGAAACCAGUGAAAUGGUUUAUUGGUAAUCCUAACCCCAAUUUUGAAGCCAAGAAGAAGAGACAAAUAAUCAGAGAAGGGGUUGAGUUCUACAGUAAUGGGGAUUUCUACGAAGGAGAGUUUCAUAAAGGGAAGAGUAAUGGAAGUGGGGUUUACAAUUACUUUGCGAAUGGAAGGUAUGAGGGGGAUUGGAUCGACGGGCGAUACGAUGGGUAUGGAAUUGAGAGCUGGGCGAGAGGAAGCCGAUACAGAGGCCAAUACAGGCAGGGAUUGAGGCAUGGAUUUGGGGUUUAUAGGUUCUAUACAGGUGAUUCUUAUGCAGGAGAAUGGUAUAAUGGACAGAGCCAUGGGAUUGGGAUUCAAACUUGCUCUGAUGGCAGUUGUUAUGUGGGCGAGUUUAAGCAUGGCGCCAAGCACGGCCUUGGUUGUUACCAUUUUAGGAAUGGAGAUAGAUAUGCAGGGGAGUACUUUGGGGACAAAAUACAUGGGUUUGGUGCAUAUCACUUUGCCAAUGGGCAUUGUUAUGAAGGUUCUUGGCAUGAAGGGCAGAAGCAAGGUUUCGGAAUGUACACGUUCCGAAACAUCGAGAGUCGAUGCGGCGAAUGGGAUGCAGGCCAUCUCAAGAACCCUGUUCUACCACUUACUGAUUUAGUCCUUGGAGCAGUUCAGGCUGCUCGGAAGAGGGCGCAGAAUGCAAUUAAGAUCGAGCCAGUGGAUGAGGAGGUGAACAAGGCAGUAGUAGCGGCAAACAGAGCGGCCAAUGCUGCUAGAGUUGCUGCAGUGAAAGCUGUUCAAAACAGAAUGAAAGGGGAGUUCUGUGAUAUAGGCGUUUAAACAACCCAAAAACAAAAAAAAAGAAAAAGAAAAAAAGAAAAGUGUAAAGUUUGACUAAUUUUGAGUACUUUGUGGAGGAAACAACAACCCUGCUGAGCAAAAAGUUCAUCAGAGGUUAAGGGGAGCUUUUUUUAGUUUUUUUAGUUUUUUUUUUUUCUUUUUUAGUCUUUUUUCAUGGUGGUCACAAUCUAAUCUAACGUGUAUAUUCUUCCUUGUAUGUCAAUGCAAGCUUCAUCUUUCAUCAA